AGGACGAAAUACAGGAUGAACACUAUCUUCCCUCUUGCCACGAUACUACAGAACAAUCCAUCGCGCAUAAAAGGCAAUUUGAGUCCAUCUAGACCAUGCAUGUCUUGGCCGGAAAGCCUGCAAAUGCGCUUAAUAACACCUUAGCGCUCCUCCACGGGCAAAACCGCCGCUAAGACUUGACGAAGGAUCCUUAGCUCGAGGUUUAUAUAGAAUAGGAAAGUGGCUGGGUCACAUCCUCGGGCCUUCUAAGAUGAUGCAUGCCCUGACGGCGGGCGAUGAGUGUGGAGAUAGUCACGGUCAAUUCAUGGAGACGCUUGGCGUGGGGAGAUCGGUCCGACAGGUUCCUGGAUUUGGGAUGAGAUGCCAUUUAGGGGAUGUUGGCGUUCGGUAGUGAGAGACGGCGUGGUUUGGCACGGUAAUUCGCCGAGAGUUGUUGUGAGGCAUCGUGAGAAGAAAGUGCUGCGAUGGGCCUUGUUUUGCCCACGAUUACGCGCAGAGGACAUUUGUGACCGUCCGAGCCCAAUCUACUAAGCCAGGGGUAUACAGGGUUUCAUGCCUCCGACUUGGCCUUUUAAGGGUGAGCGCCAGGCGUCAGCCACCAACUGAAGCCGUGCGAUCCGCGCCUCUGCCGCGCCAAGCUUCCUUACCAAGGCUUCCAAAAGAGAGUGCUACCCCGUUGACAGCACCAGAUCCUUUGAAAAGGGGGAUCGGCGAAUGGAGAAGCCGCAAAUCCGCACGUAGCUCUCAUUAAGCUUACUGUGGAGAUGUUCUUUGUGGGGACGCCUCAACGGGAGUGGUUGCUAAAUUUACGGUAUUCCUUGAACGGUGCUUAUAGCAUGUCAAAGUGAUUGUCCUCACGGCCCGAACAUCAGCCUGCUCGAAGUAUAAAGGCAUGGUGAUCGCCAUGAAGAUCUGCUUCUUUGCCAGAGCAGCUGCAUUCUUAUCAGUCUCAGUCAACUCCGUUCAAACAAACGUCAAUCCAUCAUUAUGGCUUCCUCCCUCAUGAAGGCUGCGGCCGCAGCUGUCCUCUUCAGCGCCCCCGCCCUCGCUGGCCUCGGAAAGCCAACGCUCUUCAGCGAUGGUCUGUCUCCCCAUGUCGACUCUGUCUUCUGGGAGCACCUUACCCCAACCCAGAGCACCUGGGACAGGUGGGGAUGGGGAUGGAUCCCACAGACGUGCCUCAACCACGCCAACGACAACAAUGUCAGCCCAUACGACAUGGAGAUCUACAACGUUCACUACACCGACUGCGGAAGUGCGUUCGUCUUCUGCCGUCACAACGCUGCCAACCUUGGCAUAAUCGACAUGAUUGACCUGUUCGGCCGCCUGCCCAUCCACGAGCGUCAGUACAUCACCAACGUAAUUGCUGUUCCAGGUGGUGGCUCUGCCUACGAGACCUCCGCCAUCGUUGUCUUCCAGGGCCCCGUCGGCACCCCAUCCGUCUUCCAGCACGAGGUCGGCCACGCUGUCGAUGCCUACCACAACAGCGUCGGAUCCAGCGAGACCUCUCUCUUCAAGGAUGCCAUCAACGCCGACUCCUGCGUUCCCGAUGACUACUCCAACUCCAGCAACGCCGAGGACUACACCCAAGUCAGCGUUCUCGCUCUCUACGAGAUCGUCAACCCCGGCGGCCUCGACCCAAUCGGCAACUGGCGCUGCCUGGAGAGGCAAAAGAACGCCGUCAACCAGCUCCAGGGUGAUGCUAUGAUCCCCGGUGGCACCUGCAACUUCCGCUGGGCCGACGCUGCCAUCGUCAGCAUGGGUCCCGCCACCGGCAACGGCAAGCGCGCCGUUGGCGCCAAGCCGACCCCUAACUUGGUCGCUGGCCAGCCCGGUGUCAAGGAGCUGCCAUUCGAGCACACCAGCAAGGUCACCCAGUACAAGAACCUCCACUUCAACGAGGCUGAGUCCGCCAAGGCCUCCAACUUCGCUGUUGAGAGGAGGCAGGUUGCCUUCCGCGGUUAGAUAGCUGCGGAGCGGGUUUGGAUGAACGUAUUUGGACACUGUAUGUAGUACUUACUGUAUUCAGCUUGAAUGACUUGUUGCC